AUGCUACAUCUAUUAUUCAAGAAAGGAGCAGGUGGAAACACCUUGUCCCGCACCCGUAACUCUCGUUUCUUUAUAAACGCCCUUCUUCCAAAGCAACAACAAUGUAGACCGUUCUUCAUGUUUGGUGCUGACAAUCGAGCUCUUUCGCCCAUCAAGGCAACCACCAACAAGUUUGACCCUUCCGAUCGCCACCUCGAUGGUCUAUUGGAGCACAAUCGCCAGUGGGCCAAAGCUGUCAAGAAGCAGGAACCUGAUUUCUUUGAGCAAAUCAACCUGAAGCAAGAACCCAAGAUACUUUGGAUUGGAUGUUCGGAUUCACGCGUCCCUGCCGAGCAGAUAUUGCAGCUAGGACCAGGCGAACUCUUUGUACAUCGCAACAUUGCCAACGUGGUCCCCAAUGGUGAUAUCAAUUGCUUAUCCGUCAUUCAGUACGCUGUGGAGGUGCUCAAGGUUCAACAUAUUAUUGUGUGUGGCCAUUACAAUUGCGGCGGUGUGGCAGCAGCAUCUGGAAAUGGUCAAUACGGGCUGAUUGACAACUGGUUGCGUAAUAUCAAGGAUGUUUAUAGACUAUAUGCCAAAGAACUUGAAGCUAUCCCAGAUGAAAAAGCCCGAUUCCGACGUUUGGUUGAAUGCAAUGCAAUCCACUCGGCUGAAACCAUAUGUCACUCCACCAUUGUACAGAAUGCAUGGAAGAACAACCAGAAUCUUACAGUGCACGCUUGGGUCUAUGAUCUUGCGGAUGGACAUGCGCGACGUCUCAAGUUCACUGCACAUGACAACCAUUCCCUUGGCAACAUUUACAAAGUAGCAUGA